CCCAGGUCGGAUUUCCUUCGAGACUGGCGUUCGGCAAAGCUCCCACAGAGCUUGCUGCAGCCGCCCUGCUCCGCGCACUCGGGGAACCGGGACAGGACCAUGAUGUGGACACGCUGGCUCGCGCUCUCUCUGGUGGCGGUGGCCUGGGUCCGCGCGGAGGAAGAACUAAGGAGCAAAUCCAAGAUCUGUGCCAAUGUGUUUUGUGGAGCCGGCCGGGAAUGUGCAGUCACAGAGAAGGGAGAGCCCACCUGCCUCUGCAUCGAGCAUUGCAAACCUCACAAGAGGCCUGUGUGUGGCAGCAACGCCAAGACCUACCUCAACCACUGUGAGCUGCAUCGAGAUGCCUGCCUCACUGGAUCCAAAAUCCAGGUUGACUACGAUGGACACUGCAAAGAGAAGAAAUCUGUAAGUCCUUCUGCCAGCCCCGUCGUUUGCUAUCAGUCCAACCGUGAUGAGCUCCGGCGCCGCAUCAUCCAGUGGCUGGAGGCAGAGAUCAUUCCAGAUGGCUGGUUCUCCAAAGGCAGCAACUACAGUGAAAUCCUGGACAAGUACUUUAAGAACUUUGAUAAUGGUGACUCUCGCUUGGACUCCAGUGAAUUCCUGAAAUUUGUGGAGCAGAAUGAAACCGCCAUCAAUAUCACGACCUAUGCAGACCAGGAGAACAACAAGCUGCUUAGAGGACUCUGUGUCGAUGCUCUCAUUGAACUGUCUGAUGAAAAUGCUGACUGGAAACUCAGCUUCCAAGAGUUCCUCAAGUGCCUCAACCCAUCUUUCAACCCUCCAGAGAAGAAGUGUGCCCUAGAGGAUGAAGUGUACGCCGAUGGAGCGGAGACUGAGGUGGACUGCAACCGCUGUGUCUGUGCCUGUGGAAACUGGGUCUGCACGGCCAUGACCUGUGACGGAAAGAAUCAGAAGGGGGCUCAGACCCAGACAGAGGAGGGAAUGACGAGAUAUGUCCAGGAGCUCCAGAAGCACCAGGAAACAGCCGAAAAGGCCAAGAGAGUGAGCACCAAAGAGAUCUAGUGAGGAGACAUCUGGGAACGGGUGUCCAGAGACUGACACCUUCUCCUCCACUUCAGCGCUGAAUCCAGUAUACAUGAGAGCCUGCUACAAUCGCCAAAUCACCAGUAUUUGCUUGUAUAGCAACAAGUUUUAUUUUCUAUUUGUUUUGCAAAAAAAAGGAAAUGGGGUGGCUGGCGAGGAGGGGAAAGGCCAUAACCUCCAUUUCUAGGAGUGAUUUGAGAGAAACUGUAUAAAUGGUGCUCGGGGGCUAGAGGCAAGUAAGGAAACUGCAUCAGGGUUGGGAGAGGAGCAGACCCAGAUCUGAACCACUUCUGAGUCUAACACGCUGCAGAGAGGGCAAGCACUGCCAGAGAGAACUUAGCAGACAGGCCCAGAGGAGGGCUUUGGGAAGCUCAGUGAAGAAUGCAUUCUGCUUCCAGUUCUUUGUGUUGCCAUCAACAUAACAGAGACCAGCAUCUUUGCUUCUCAUGGCCCCAACCACUGUCUCUAGAUACACAGCUGCCCUGCUAGCUAGUGUCCCUCGGAUUUGAUGGAGUUCCUGAGAAGGUACACCCAAGUGAUGCAGGUACUUGUGUACUUUCAGCCCCUUAGAGACCUAACCAAAUUUUAAAAAUACUAAAAAGGUGCUAUUUUUUUGUAAAACUUUUUGGCAAGUUGACUUCAUUUUUCAAUUAUUAUCAUUAUAUUAUUGUUGUUUUUUAAUAUUUUAUUUUCUUGACAAGAAAUUAAGCUUUUGUAAUUAUUUUUCCGUAGUCCUACCAUUUCAAGGUGGGGGAAUUUGGGAUUCUUCCAAGUGCAGGGACCGCUGUAACCCAGACUUCCUGCCCUGCCACAUACUAGCUGUAGCCCAGAGUUUGCCCAUCUGGCUUUCAGUGGGUCAGUAUUCUGCUGGAGGAGCCAUGGGUGCCUCAGACAGAAGCCAGGGAAAGAGAAGCAUCUCCAUACAAAGCUUUGAAGAUACAAAAGCUAGUUUGUUUUCAAUUAUUCUAAGUUCUUUCAAAUCAGUAUUUCAAGGAUGGAGGCAAGUGCAGCUAAGUGAGGCUUAGAUAUCCCAGCCUAUCAAUAUGCUUAUUGAUCCACCACUAACUAGGAGAGUGACUUUGGCCCUAUCUCUUCCUAUUUCUGGGCCUCAGCUUCCUCAGUGAGCAGGCAGGAAUGCAUUAACCUUUCAACUUCGUAAAGUCUGGUUCUGAUCAUUGGUCCAUAGGAGACAUGUUCCUGUGAUUUUCCUUUCCUCCUUUGGGUGGAUGAAUACUUAUGUUUAGAACAAGAAGAUUCAGACAGCCAAAAACAAGAUGACCAAAUUUGACCUCAGUGUGAACAGCUCCCAGGUUGUGCUGUGAUGCAGAGCCCUCUUGGGUAAACCAUAACCUGGAAGAGAGUGAGGAAGAGAACCGCUCCACUUGUUUUCACUUUUGCAUUUCCUCUUUAACCUUCUUGGAAACAGAAAUGACUUUUCAUUUAGAGAUGAGGACAAAAAGGAGACUUCACAUUUUAAGAGGGGGAAAAAUUGGAAGUUUAAUCUUAAAAUUGUGAUUGGCGAGAAGUCAGCCCUUCCUGUGUCUUUUGGCCUGUGUAGUUAUUAACCCCACUCAAUACCAUAUUUAAGAUGCAUUUGGAAUAACAAAGAUUAAAAAUAAGAUCUCAUUUUCAGAAAGCAGAUUAUAGACCACCAGAGGGAAAAUAUGUGGGUUGUUGAAAGUUGUACUGAAAAUGGAAUUUCUACUAAAUAAGUUUCCUUGUUCUCCUUUGUAAGGAGAACAUUCCACUUUGUUUAGAAUUCUGAGCUUUUAUCUAUCAUCCCACUUAAAAGCUCUCUUCGAACCCCACUGGUGCAGUCUGAAAUGCACCUGCCUGUCCCAGUGCCUUGGGGAACUCCCAGGAGCACACCUUGAUCAAGUUUGCCAGUACUUGAACACUAUGGGAGGGAGAGCAGGACUCCCAGUGUGUUUAAAGCAAGAAACCAGAGUGUCUCCUCACCAGUUGUUUAGGACAAGGGUCACCAUCCAAGACUUAUCCAACUCUGCAAUGAUGAGUUCCCAAGAGCAAAUCUGCAUUCCCCCUGUAAAUAGGGAAGCUGUUAUCUGCACCAUAGAAUCCCAUGAUCUGAUGACCAUUCAUGGAAAGCUGCUAAAUAGCCUAAUUUGCGGAGUCUUACAUGGAGCAAAUAAACAGGAUUAAGUUGGGUUCAGUUCCUCCAGCUCUCUUAAAGCACAGGGCUUAGUCUGCAAGCUUCCUUGGGCUUUAUCUGUGUAUGUACAGUUUUAUAAACGUAUUAAUUACAGCACCUGCUAAGAUCCAGUCUCCGCAGAAACCUCACAUGCCAUGACACUGCACUCCACUGUUUUAGGAAAGCAGGACUCCUCCACCUGCUAAUAAGUCCAUGUGAACCAGUGAGUGUCUUUUACACCUACAUUUUAAAAUAGUCAAAUUUCAAGACACAAUUUGAACAGGUUUUGUUGCCUGUGUGUGUGUGAAAUGUAUUUGUAUUUAGUAGGCUUCCAUACUGCAUUUAACUUGUUUUUGUAAUGCCUAAUUUUUUUUGGAUACUAUUGAUAAAUAAAGAACUUAAAAUAA